AUGGGCAAGACUAGAAAGGCAAAGGCACAAAAAGAGCUCAAUCUAGAUAGAGUCAUAAAGAAUUUUGAAGGGUUUGCAUUCUCUGUCUCUCUCUCUCUCAAAGUAGCAAAGAGUCCUGCAGCUGUUGCUUCAAAAAGAUCUGUCUUAACUGUCAGCGCAAGAAAAAUUAAAGAUAAUGCAGCAGACUGGCAUAAUUUAAUGAUGAAAUGGGAGACCCUGAAUAAUAAUGGAUUUACUACUGCAAACAAAAUUGUAAACUUGAAAAUUAGUGCACAAUUUAAAGAGAACAAGCUGGAUAUAGAAUGUGACAAGAUUGCUUCUGACUGUGGAAAACAGUCAGCAGACUAUAAUGAAAAACUUGAGAUAUUCUGUGAAGAAUUGCUUGGGACUUUUGAAAACAUGGCAAAAAUACAUCUGAAAAUGGAAAAAUUGUAUUCAACUACUAAAGGAAUUUGUGACCUAGAAACUUACCACUAUGAAAAUGGAGAUUGCAGAGCACCACUUUUUCACACAUGGCCCACUAUGUACUUCUAUGAGGUUUCAUUCAAGCUCUCUGAAAUGUACAAGGAGGAACUACAACUUAAGCAAACAAUUGUGCAAGAGAUUGCUCAUACUGCUGACCAGGAUCUUAUGAUGGUUUAUUUAUCAUCUUGGUUGUACCAGCCUUACAUUGAGAACAGCAGUAAACUACUGCUAGAAAGCAUGUUGCUGGAAACAGGACAUAGACAAGUGUAACAUUUAAGACUGCUUCUAAUACUCAUUUGCAACAAACUGCAAGAUAAAUUGCUAUUUAUAAAAGUUAUUAAAAUCUGUUUUUUCCUCUC